AUGGUCGAAACUGACACAAUUGAUUCGAAAUGUUUGAAACAAUCAAUUGCAAAAUUGAAAAGAACUGAAUCUGGAAAAAGCAUUAGCAAAAUGAUUACGGAAUCUGGAGCAGAGAGGCAGAUGAGGGUUGAACUUAAUGAGACAACGAAGCAAGAGCGAACAACGGGACACUCGUGCAAGAUGGAGCAUGCACGCUUGCAAACAUCCUCCAGUCCCAGCCAGACAGAAUAUUGCAUGGCAGACAUAACGACUCCCAACCUCUCCUUCAUCCAUGCUUACCUCUUCAACGUGGCCGCAAAAAUAAUCAGGCCUUCAUUGCAUCUCUCUCUCCUCUUCCAGUUUUCAUCAUCAUGA